AUGGCUGUCGCUGCACCUGACGGGUCAAACCAAUAACCUCUGACAAAGGUGUCUAAUGCGAAAAGAAAUUAACGGCAGCGCAUGACUGAGAUAGGUCGGAUAUUAUACAGCUCCGGCCUGAUGGUCUGUUUCGUGAGCUUGUCGCGGAUUGAGAUUGCAGUUGCGAGUACGGCUGAAGCCUUUUUCCCAGGGCCCCGGCUGGAGACUAACCCCAAAUUUGAGAUGCAUUGGCCCACUGACUCCACAGGGCCCUGCUCUCCCGCAGGAUACAUAAACUCUGCCUGCCGGGCAAAGUUCCUUCUUCUCAGUUCUCACAGGACGAUUCCUCCGCCCUGCAAGUCCCACUCGGCUUUGGAAUUACCAUGCAGCUUCUGCUCAUUUUUGUGAGCCACCAAUGUUCCCCACCGUGGCGGUAGCAGGACGCUUUACAGUCCUCUCGAGACUUGCGAUGUUGGAUCGACCUGGUCCACAUCUGGUGUCGCCGGGGAAAAUCGGAUGUAUCGACGACUGCGCUGUGACCAGUUGACGUCCGUCGGCCAAUUGCUAAGUCAUGACGUGCGCGGCAGAUUUCUCCCACCAAUA